AUGAGCGACAGCGGGGAGCAGAAUUAUGGCGAUCGGGAGUCACGAUCUGCUUCAAGGAGCGGCAGUGCUCGUCGAUCAGGCAAAUCUACAAGCCAUUCCCCGAAUCGUUCUCCUGCACGAUCAAGGUCUAAAGAAGGAUCCAGACAUUCAAGAUCAAAGUCAAGAUCUAGGUCUGAGUCAAGAUCUAGGUCAAGAAGAAGUUCUCGGCGUCACUACACAAGAUCUCGUACUCGUUCAAGGUCUCACAGAAGGUCUAGAAGCCGCUCUUAUAGUAGAGACUACCGAAGACGUCACAGCCACAGUCGUUCUCCCAUGUCAAAUCGAAGACGGCAUAUAGGGAGUAGAGUAAGUUCGGCAAAUCCUGAUCCCAACUGCUGUUUGGGUGUGUUUGGUCUAAGUCUCUACACCACGGAGCGAGAUCUAAGAGAAGUAUUUUCAAAGUAUGGUCCAAUAGCCGAUGUAUCUAUUGUGUAUGAUCAGCAGUCUCGACGUUCCAGAGGAUUCUCAUUUGUCUACUUUGAAAAUGUUGAAGACGCUAAGGAGGCAAAGGAACGUGCAAACGGAAUGGAACUUGAUGGAAGACGCAUACGUGUAGAUUUCUCAAUUACAAAAAGGCCUCACACCCCUACACCAGGAAUAUACAUGGGAAGGCCAACCUAUGGAAGCUCGCGUCGCAGAGAUUAUUAUGAUCGAGGAUAUGACAGAGGGGGUUAUGACGACAGAGACUACUACAGCAGAUCAUCUUACAGAGGUGGCGGAGGGUGGCGUGGUGGACAGGACCGAGACCAGUUUUCUAGGAGGCGAUCCCCCUCACCAUACUACAGCCGCGGUGGAUAUAGAUCUCGAUCCAGAUCACGUUCUUACUCUCCA